AUGGUUUUGGAGGAGGCUCUAUCCUGCGUAAAAACGUCUUCACCCCAGAGUAAAGAUGCGAGGAACUCUGCGUACAAAAAUCAACAAGUUUUGGCUGAUGUUGCGCAUGACAAGUUUGGGCUCGUCGUAGGGCAAGAGUCCGAUGUUUAACCAGAAUCGAUCAGCUCAUCCUGAUUUUAGCAUGACAAACUCACUCCCGGGCAACAUCAGAAUACGGAGCUUCCCAUGGGGCUGCGUAUGAGAAACGUCUCUAGGAUUGCAGAUUUGCAUGACAAAUUCGGGGUGGGGAGGUUUUUGCUCGGGAUACGCUUUUAUUCAGAAGUGCCGCGAGGCCUUCAACACAUUCGAUGCCGAGUAUGACAAGAAAACAGAGCGUCAGGGUCAAAGACAUCAAGAAGUAAUUGCAUCAUAUGUACGUUCUGCUUCUGUUGAUGUUGUGUAUCAGGAAAUUGUACGCUUCGUGCUAGGACGUGGACGAGGAAUAGUGAAUGCACAUCAACUCCUGCCUGCAUGUUGUCCUGAUCCUGACGUAUUUGCAAUGCAUAAAGCUGGGUCGGGGACUAUCGACACACAAGGUACUACAGACGGCUGCUUUUUUUUUUUCUUUUCGUGCCCUGGAGAACGAAGUUCUUGCAGUAAACGUAAAGUUUGCAUGGUUACCACGGUCUGUUUCUAGAAUGAAGAAAAUCGAAAUACCGCUAAACAGAGAUGAAGCUUCUGCUGGAGUCAAUUGGCGAGUCACUCACAGAAGAGGAGUAUCUCACAGAAGAUUUUUACCAGUAGCGUAGCACAAACUUUUUGUCAUGCGUAAAAAAAGGAAAAGCAUGAUUGGGUCAUUUUGCGCAAGACAGGUAUGGUUUGGUUGAAACAAAUUUCGUGUUCGAUCAUAAUGGGCAAAAAUGUAAUCAUGGUGGUAAGCUAUAUUUCGUUUUCGACACUAGACGCAUGACAACAGAAGUGUGCUAUGCUAGUAGCGGUUUUUGUUGGUAUACGGAGCUCUUUCGGUUUAUGGCGGACGUCGACGAGGACGGGACAGGAGAAAUUGGUACAGUCACUAGAGUUUUAUAUAUUCUUGUACAUGGAAAUCUUUCCAGCACUCACAGGUUCAGUUGUGUUUGUGAUGCAAAACAGUUGAUCGAAAACCAAAUCCAAAUCGUCUUCAGUGUUGAUUGAUCACAAACCAUGGCAACACCACACAGAAUUUGCGGAAUUCCUGCGAGCAUUCGAGAAGCAGAGGGGAUAUGAAAUGCAAAUAGGUCGGCGGGGUCUGGAAGAUUGCAAGACUUGUCAUGCUUCGCUGAUAAGACUAAGAGUCAAAAGCCUGCUGUCAUGAGCGUCGCGAGACAGUGCCCUAUGCUUGUCGGGUAACUAGUACAGUGCGAUGAUCUGAUGUCAUGCGCUUUUCACAAGUAGACGUAAAGUUGCCCAAGAACUUGUCAUGUAUGGCUCCCUGCUGUUGGGACUCCAGUCGGCCUCGCUGCCAUUACACAUCAGCAUCACAAGAACUUUCCAGACCUCCCAGACACACUUGCGUUUGAUAAGGGAGUCAAUGUAGCGAUUGAGGACGAAUUGGACACAAUUGACGCGUUCGUGGCACUCGGUAUAGCUGCAAUUCUUAUAAUCAUCCUUGUGCAUAGUAGGUGGAACUGAACAAAGGAGAAAUGGAGGGUGAAGAUAAAUGAAAAAUUUUUGAUGCUGGUGCUGACGCGUUGUAUAAAUACACAAGUUGUACUUGUAGCAUCUGCUACUUUUGUGUUCAUCUUCAUGCAUGCAUGAUCGAUGCUGUGGGCAAUAUCGGUAUUUUGUACUAGCUUGAAAAAUAAAUGAACUCUCCAGGCGGAAACGAGGACAAGUCUGGGUUCGUCGAGCAGAAGAGGCUUAUCAAAUGUAAAAAUGUCUGGGUCUGGAAGAAUGCAACUUGUCAUGCAGGUUUUUCAUGACAAUCGAGGUCUGGAAUGCGGGACCUAGCAUGACAGAGUCUGAGACGUCUCUGCCAUGCCUAUCCUGCAUGAGAAACUUCCUCCAAACUUGGUCGAAACUGGACAGCUUUUGGCACUCGUGCAACACAGAUUUCUGCAUGAUUCGAUUUUAGCAUGACAAGUUGCAUUCUUCCAGACCCAGACAUUUUUACAUUUGAUAAGGCUGGUGGCCGUCGUAAAAGAGGAGUUCGGUAUGACCAUCAAUACGCGGGAAAAAAACUGUGUCAAUCUCAAUGUUUUUGAUGACCGUUCCGCAACACAAAUCACACUGUCGCAUAGUUAGUGGAAAUAUGCCUGUGAAGAUGUUGUUGCGUCAUGAUUCAUGUGUACAGCUAAGCAGGGGAAAUAAAAAGCACCACCACCUGAAUGGGCCGAGCUUGUUGUCGAGCAUGAUAAAAAAAUGUAUCAAGGAACAACUUCCGCAGUGCAAGUUGAGACUGAUUUGCAGUUUUUUCCCUGCGAUAGUCCAAAUCGACCGAUUAGUGGACGAGCUCGACAAGGAUGGGGACGGAAAACUGUCUAUCCUCAGUAAAGAUACCCCUCCACCCCAGACUUGUCAUGCAAAUCUGGAUGCCUAGAUGUAAUGCGAAUGUAGUUUCUCAUGCGCAGCACCACAAGGAGCAUUUUCUUUUUCAGGUUGUGUUUUGGAUUUUGUCAUGUCAUCAUUGGGACAAGGCGGUCGAUUUGUAAUUCGACUGCACAACUCUCUAGAUACGAUUACACUUCGAAGUCAACAAGCCUGGUGUUAUGCGCAACGUACAAAGCUUGGUGGUUUGUAUAGCAAAAUCCCCAUUAUCCACUUGAGUCUAGAAGGGUCGUGGGGAGGUUUUUUCUCAGGAUGCUGGCCUACGACGAAUUUGCGGCACUGUUUAUCUAAGAGGGAGAAGACAACCUCGAAACAGUCGUCCAACAGAAAAUUUACAGUACUCUGAUUAUGCGAAAGUUGCUUAGAUGAACAUCUUCGAUUUCCUCUCACUGAAUAUGCAAACGUUAAACCUAUCUAUCAAACAAACAACGGUAAAUAUGAUCCAACGGUAUCACAGACAGGCGAGUUGUAGUAGUACUAUCCUACGAACAGUACGAUAAAAAAAGUGUGCGUUGCACUACCCCGCAAAACUAAGCACGACAUCUCUUGCGCAAACGCUUUCUCUGCCUGAACGAACUUGUAGGGUCCACCCGCACGGCCAGAAGAACUUUUGCUCCUGCCCCUCUUCAACAACUAGGACACCAGAAAUAAUUCAGUUGUGUGCUCCCUGUACAUACUACGAACUAGUAUAGCUACUUCUUCUGGGUAAUACUACAACGAAGAACUAU